AUGUCGACUUUCUACUACGGCGGUCACCAGCAGCACCAAGCCCAGAACGCUCACUCGAUGCCGCAAUCCCAUAACCACCAUGGCCGCUCCCGCCGAGCACCUCGCAUCUCUUCCGCUCAGAACAACCAGAGACAGUAUCGAGCUCCCAAGGCUGUGAAAGAGGUGGUCAUCAAUGAAGCCCCUACGCUUGCGGCCUACCGACAACGAUUUGAGGCCGGGCGAUCUUUCGACCUGGAUGACGAUCUGGAAUUCUGCCCGAACCUGCUGAGCUACGAUGAGCGUCAGUCGGUGACUUCAGGAUCUGAUCGGUCUUCAUUGUCAAGCGGCUCACCGGAUUCAUCCCCCCUGCAGUCUCAGAUUCAACCACAGCAAAUUACUCCUUCGCUCUCCCUCUCCUCUACCGCAACCUCGGCCUAUGUUUCACCACCAUCCUAUAGCAACAGCAAUAAUCACCUGAAAAUCCACCAACCAUCGGCGAUUCGUUCUCGCAACAACGCCAUUCCAAUUGUAAACCCUUCCACCGGCAACCGCAUUGCAAGCCCACCUUCAUCGAUCUCCCCAGUGAUGAUGCAGCAGACCAAUGCUACCCGUCGGUGGUAA